CCUUCCCUUCCCUCCUCGCUGUUUUACUUUCUCUUCCCUCCGCACCACCCUUCCUCAGCUCGGGCGGGUCCAGGUGCGGCCCCGGCGGGGGCUCCCGGUGACUGGCGGGAGCGGCCCGAGCGGACCCGGGGCCCUCUCCGCCCCGCACCGCUGGCCUUGUGCUGCGGCUGAGUCCGGGCAAGCGCGGCGCUCGCAUUCUCUGCCUCUGCUGUUAUCCUUUGGAUCCAGGCUUUGCAUUGGUCAUCCUGUACAUUUUUCCUCUCUUUAGGAAUAAGUUGAUUAUUCAGCAUAUCCAAAGAUGAAGAGGAAACUUGCAACAGCUGGGACAUUGAGGCUUAGUCCUAAUGAAGAAGCCAUGUUUCUGAAAGAAGAAUACGAAAGAAGAAGAAAACUAAGGUUACAGCAGGUCAGGGAGCAGCAGAAGUAUAUCUCCUACCAGAUAAGGCAGAAGGUAAAGCAGAGGAGAGAACAACAACUGCAUCAGUUAGAGGAGGCACUGAGAGCUGAAUGGCAGAAGGCACAGGAUGAGAAGAUGAAAGUCCUGGAAGAACUGUAUCUAUCAAGCUUAAGAGCGAUUGGGGAGGGUCACCGACAGGCCAAGGAAAAUGAACCUGACUUAGAAGCUCUGGCAAAGCAAGCAGAGGAAAGGAAGCAAAGAGCAGAGACAAGACAUAGAAAAGCUCUGAUAGAGCAGAAGCACCAAAAGGAAAAAUUACUUCGUGAGCAAGCCAGACGAGCAGAUGCACGUAAACGUGCUCUGGAAGUGGAAAGACAAAGAGCAGCCAAAGUUGCAAGCCUGCCACCUCCUCCACCACGUCCUUUUGAGAGUUUUGAAGUGAAAAAGAUCCUUGCCAUGAAGCCCUGUGGUGCUGACAACUUUUCUGUUACUCGUUACCAUAUUGCUGAAGCUUUGGUGGACAGAGAAGUGGACGGAGGGCAGCCAGAUGCUCAUUUAGCUGCUGAAGAAGAAGGGAGACGUUUGGAGGAACUACACAGGGAGACAGAGAGGGAAAGAAGAAAGCAGCUUGAAAAGGCACAUAUUAGAGGAAGUCACGCCUUGAAGAAGAUCCAAUUGGCCAAGGACAGGGAAAGACUUCUGGAAGAACUGGAGCAAAUGCAUGCUCAGGAUCGGAUGCGCAGGAGACGGGUUGUCGCACAGAUGCCACCUCAGCUUUCAGUGCCACCAUACAAACGCAUGGAAAUAAAAGAAGAAUGGCAGAGAGAACUGGAGUCUGCAUUUGAAGAAAUGUGCAGUGAAGACAGGAACAUGAAAGGAGACCUGAUUCUGCAGUUUGAGCCACAACCUUUGCCAGCCCCUUCUGACAGAGCUCAAGAUAAUGAUCUUGAUAUCUCUUUGGAGCAUGAAUCUGCUUGUGACACUCAACCAGAGCUUCCUUGUGAUACUCAACAAGAAUCAGGACAUGUGAUAGAAGAGGAGGUCCCUAAUGAACCAGAAAGGCAUGAAGAAGGAAAAACUUGCCAACCUCGGUCAAAACUUGCCUUAAAGAAAUUGUUGAACAAAAUUAGAAGCCAAAAAGAGGAGUGGACAUCAAAAAGUGAGAAAGAGAGUCAAAGUGAAUUUGAAACUAUUGAAUCAGGCACAAUUAUUAGUGAAAAGAGACCAUUAUGUGAUUUAGAACUUAACAAGGAGCAGCAGAAAAAUACAGUGUCUGAGGCCAAAGACUCUGUGAAAAUGUUGGAAAAUACAGUUGCAGAUGAAAAGUCAGUUCCAAUCCAUCCUCAAGAACAAGCAGCUAAAAUGAGAAUGGAAGAGGCAGCUAAAAUGAGAAUGGAAGAGGAGAGACAGAAGUGGAAUGAGGAAAUAGAGAAACAGAAACAGGAGCAGCUGGCCUUGAUUAAAAAAAUUGAGGAAGAGAAAGCUCUUUUGGAGGCUGAUUAUCUGAAGAUCCAAAUGCAAACCUGUUUGGAGCAGGCUAAGAAAAAAAAGGAAGAGGAAGACCAAAGUCAGCUGGUGCAAAGCCACAGUCUCCAUUCCACAGAUCACCAGAACCAAAAGGAACAUGAGUCUGGAAAUGUAUCAGAAACCAGGAGUCCAGGAGAAGACAGUCACAGACAGACGAUACGUAAUUUUCAACAGCGCCUUCUGCAGCAAAAAAGGUUGCACAAACAAACUAUUGAAGAAGCUAGAAAGAAUCUACAGCAGUAUCAGAAUACACUGAGGCAAAGGUACUUGUCUAGUUCUGAAAUACCUCUGAGCACAAGGGAAACAAAACCCAUUAAUUUAGAGCCUGUCUCAGAGCUGCCCCUACAGAUACAAGGAGCACAGCCAACACAGUACCAGGCGUCAGAACAAGUUCAUGCCCAAGAAUUUUCACAGUCAUUACCUGUGUUUUCAGGAAAAUUGGGUAUGUUGGAAAAACUAUCUUCACAGAAGCAGCAAGAGCAAGUGCAUAAUCUUUGUCCUGGAAAAUCAGUGCAGUUUUCAGAAGCAUCGGAAUUGAAGCAUGGAGGGUUUCACUUGCCCUGUGACUGUCCUUCACAGGAACAAGUGGGAAUAUUCAAAACUGCCAAUAAUCACAUCAGUGAACCAUUCCAGUUCCAUUUACCAUCAGGGUCAGUCAGGAAGGAAGUGACUGCAGUAAGAAUACAACCAGAAGCACACCAACAACACUUUAGAUUUGUGUUGCCUGCAGAAAGUUCCUCUGAGUCUUCAGAAACAGUACACUCUAAAGAGUUACCUCAGAAGAUAUCUAACUAUCAAAACAAGACAGAAGCUGGAGAAGAGCAUGCAUUUAAGACAUCCAUCAUGCCAGCAGCAAAAAGAUCAGCCUUGGCUGGCCCUUUAGCCUAUCAGCAGGGAUCUGUAGAGAGCAGCAAAACAAGCCCUGAUCAACCUCUCAAUCUUUCUGAACCCGCGAUUCUAGCUCAUGAAGAAUCUAAAGCCCAGAGCAUUGAGGAAUUCUCGGUAUCAAAAGCAGGAGAUGUGUCUUUGUUAAAUUAUUCUGGUAUACUGAGCUUAAGGGACAGAGUGUUGGCCUCAUCAGAAAGCAUCCAAGCUCAGCAAAAGUAUUUGAAAGAAUUGCAAGAGCAGCUAGAUGCACAAAGAGAAGUUCUUCUUUCUAAACAGAGAAUACAAGAAAAAUUACUUUUACAGAAACAAGAUAAAUUGAAAGAACAGAUGCAGAGACAGCAAGAGGCUUUGAAAGAACUUCUAAACAAGCAGGUGAGACAUACGUGCCCAAAUGAAGAAAUGACAGAGGCACAAAAGCCUUUCAGCAUUAAGAGAACUGACUUCUUCCAAGUGUCAGAAAACUACCAGCAAGAGAAUUGUGGCAGGAGUAAAUUUCACAGAAGUGAAACAAUUUCACCGUGCAUUGGUCCAGUUGAGCAAACGGAACAAUCUGAGAAAGUUCUCUGUAGAGAACAGAAACAGAGGUCGUCCAAACCACCAGUGACAAAAGUCAAGUUAGGGCUUGGUUUGGAGCAACAUGAACUUAGUGUUAUACCAGAAGUAGACACACCGAAGAGUUGUAGCCUCUCUUUGGCAGAUGUUUUAAAUUCGGAUAAAACAGAUGAUGGUACUGGAGAAACUUCUCAGAUUUCAGCCUCUGGGGAGUUUGCAUGUGUGAAACAUUACAGUCAUGCUCUUCAUGAAGGCACCUUUCCCUUGGGCAUAACAAACUAUGACAGAAAAGCCUCCAAUGGAAGUCCAAGGCAAACUAAUCCAUCAGGAAGAUUAUUACAAGAAUUGCUGAUGCUGGCUGCUGAAACGUCAUGUGAUUCAGCCCAGUCCCAGGAUUCUCAAGUGUCUCAAGAUUCACCAGCUGUUGCUGCUGAAGGUGGAGAGAGACUUAGAACAAGUUCUGGACCAUCAUUCAGGCUUGAUAAUACGGAAGUGCCAGGUUCAGAGGCUUUCAUGCAACAAAUACCCUGUGAUGUAACUUCAACAGUUUCCACUGGCACCUUUUCAACCAGUGAAAUGUUGAAUGCAAGCCCCGUUGACACUGGAUUGUCUUCUGAUAGUAGAGAAGUUGGAAUUCUGAGAGAAACAGGAAGCCACCCUUGGAACUCCUCGCUUCCUUUAACCUUGCAGCAGAGGCAAGAGAAUUUGUCUGGAGCAUCUGAAAGUCAGUUCUCCAAAGGAGAGAUGUAUUUUUAUAAAGAAAACCAGAUACAGCAGAUCCUGGGGAGACCUACUGGGAACUUGAACACUUACACAGAGGACAAUACACAUUUCCAAGCUCUAGCAACUGAACUCUGUUUUCCUGAAAUGGAGAGACCUUUUCCAAACUUCCAUCACCAGCUCUUUCAGCCUUUGGAACCAAGUGUUGACUUCGAUACAUCAUCAUCAUCAUCCUGUUCUCAAUACAGAAUUUCCCAACACAGUCGAGAAUUUAGCAAGACUUCGGAAUUUUCAACAGAAAGUCCAGAUGUGUGUGCAUUUCUAGAAGAGGAAAACUCCAGUCUGAAUAGACAAAGAAGCAGUCUGCCUUCUAGUCUUGAAACAAAUGGGCCAAACAUUUCAUCAGAAGAAAGACUGGUUAGAGAAAAUGUUACUCCAGGAUCUGAAGAAUCUUUUCACCCACUGCAAUUAGAAUCUACUCUGAGUGAUGACUGUCAGAAUGCUGAUCAGCCAGGGGAUAUGAACAUUGUGUCACAGAGACCUUUUGAACAAACCCCUGGAAUUAAAAACAGCGGCAAUGAGAACUGUAUUUCACCUGCAAGUGGAUAUGAAGAUCUGUCAAGAAGUAUGGAAUGUAUUAAUCUCCAGUGUUCAGUGGAAGAUCUGCGGAAUGAAAGUCUGAUUCUCCUGGAAGAGCAAAAAUCAUUUUAUCAGCUAGAUCCCAUACCAGUUACAAUGGAUGAAACUUUCCCUCAGCAGUUAGUAAAAGAGACUGUGUCUGCUGAAAAAUUACCUUUGGAGGCAUUUGAUAAGAACAAGCUUCCUGAAAAAUCAGUUCAUGUAGAUGAAGUAACUAAAGCAAUGGAGCUGCAUUCUCAGUGCAAUAUGGAUAUAAAGGAGCCAGAUCAAAGCUUUCCAGAAGGACAGGAAUCUCUGAGGGUUCUCAGGGAAACGAACUUGGAAGACUCAGACAUCCAUUUGCACACUGUUGUACAGCAGAACAGUUCUUUAUUCCAAAGACAUGGAAAACAUUCUCAUCCUCUGCCCAGAAGCUCAUGUCAUAUUCCAGUCUGGGAGACUGAGUCAGGGCAUGGUAUUAUGGAAGAACCUGAGCUCACCCUGAUAAGCUCCAAUGACAUCAGUAUUGUAGAAUUAGACAUUGAACAUCCUAACCAAGAGAAAACUAAGGAGGAUGCAAUGGAUAACUCAGCAUGUGUGGAUCAGUCUGAAUGUAAUGUUUAUACUGAGGAAAGAGAAUUUUUACCACUAGCUCCAGAUGCAGAUUAUUCAGCAUUCAAAAGGCCUGACAGUUCUCCCCAAGCCCAGAGUCCCAGUGAGAGUCACUGUCCGUCACAUCAGACUGCAGUGAUGCUGCUGGAAUUUGCAGCUACGCCUGGAAGUUUACAAAAAUCUUUUUUAAAAAGAAAGCAGAAUUUCAUGCAGGAAUCUCUGAAAAGAGUAGAAGCAAUAAAAAAUAAGGAGAGAGAAAAUGAAAAGCUGGAAGCAAGAAAGCUUCAAGGAGGAAAGUCUGAGAAUCUAAGAAGCAGACAGAAGAAGUCUGGUCUUCUCUCUGGAAGAAAUGGUGCACUUGCCAAUCAGUUGAAAGAAGUAGAAGUGAAAGUAUCUUCUCCAGAGGAUAGGAAGUCUGGAGAAAUUGAAAUGCACCAGUGUACAUCCAGACUUUAUAAUCAGCUUGCAGAAGUAAAAAUCAGAAAUGAAGAAAAAACAAGGCAAGAAACUUAUGCUAAAAACAGAGAAAAAGCUAAAGAGUUUCAAAAGAAAAUGCUGGAGAAACUGCGAGCCAAGAAGACUUGGAAAGCACCAUGACAGGCAAAGACUUUGAGCAACAAAGACACAGAGUGGUGUUGGUACAAUCCAGGCCAGAGUGGUGCAGCCUCAAUGGUGAAUUGUGAAGCCAUUUAGGAAUACUCAGCUUUAAACUGUAGCAAAACAGUGAGUACCCCAAACCCCUGUGGUCCCUGUUCAGAGCUCACCACAGCAGAUGGACUGUGCUGCUUUCUUCAAUGUUUGUCUCUGACUGAGCUACUGGCCUGAAAGGCCUGUAUUUUAUGUUAAUAUUUUAAAGAUAUAUAAACUUUUGUAAUAUACAUGUAUAAAACAUUUUCAAAUAAAGUUUUAUGGUUAUUUGAA